AUGAAAAGAAAGAUGGUGUAUGGCAGUGUGGUUAUCCUUGCUUUAUGCUUAUUGAAGUUUCAGUUUAGAUUCCUCGAUAAAAAUUCCGGAUCUAACUUUACCACCCAGGUUUCAUAUUCCAAUCACGAGAUAGUUGAGACAAUAGUCCUCCCUGGGUUCUGCAACAAUGGAAUUCCGGGGAAGAUCAGCUGUGAUAGCCUCAGACAUAAUGACAGUAUUGGCGUCGAGCAGAGUUUCCACUUGGAUGAUGAUAUGGUUCAGAUUGCCAUGUCGAUGUGGUCUCAUCCCCUGAUCGGUGACCAUUAUGGAGAACUGGUCAUCCCCUUUGAUCAACUCGUAAAGAUGACGUGGUCUCGGUUCCAUGGCUCGGGGGUUUGGCUUCCUGAUUAUGGAGUGUAUCUUGUGGUCUCUCGAGUGAUUUAUUCACCCCUAGAUGGUGCGCAGAUCGUCAGCUUCCUCCGUGGCCAGAUAUAUGACGAAGAAUGGAACAGCUUGGAGAAUUACACUAUCCAUGGCAAUUGCAACGACACCACCUUUCCUAGAAUAUUUGAGAUACCGGCAGCAUGGGACACGAAAGGCGGCCCGGUUGGACCUGAAGAUCCUCGGGUCAUUCUUGAAGAAGUUCCGAAUGCUGAGCCAGUCAUCAUUUUCAAUAUGCCCCUCUUGGAUAAUCCACAGCGACGUGCAAUGUGGAUUCACCGACCGUUUUCUAAUUUUACAACGCCCUUAACCAUCCGCAAUGGACAACCUGCGAGGAUAGAAAAGAAUUGGGCUCCUUUUUUCUUCCCUGAGGCGGAUAAUUCAUUAUCAAGCUCUUCCUCAAGUAGACCUCCCAGCCAAUACCUCCAUUUUGUUUAUAGCCUCAGGCCAUUAUAUAUACUUAAAUGCCAUCUUCUGGACGGCUACUGUGACUGGAUCUUCAAACAGGAGGUGACCCCUAAUCAGUUCAUUUUGCCUCAUCAACGUGUCCCUGUUGCCAUGCAUGGUGGAACUAACUUUGUAUCUGUACCUCUCGCAAACGCUUUCAUUCAACCGGGAGUUAACAUCUACGUGGGCUUCCCACGGACGCAUCUUGAUGGCGCUUGCAGUCAAGGAGCGACCUAUCGACCAGAACUCAUGGUAAUGACGAGUAUGGGUGCCAGCUAUUUCCACUUGGCGUAUGCCAGUGAAGCUAUAGAUUUUAGCAAUGCUGUGCUUGACCCAGAAGCCCUAGAUAUUCCCUGUGCAGAUGGUCGUAUCUUGAUUCCAAAUAGCAUAAUACGCUGGGAUCAGAGACAUGACAAGAUCACUCUUUCUGUUAGUGUGGCUGACAAAACUGUGCAAAUUGUUUAUCUACAUGGGAUCCUGCGGCUUACCAACUCGCUACCACUCUUCCCUGAAUUCUUGAAACAGGAUUUCUCACAAGGGGGGGAGGCACUUUGGAAUUUUCGCUGGUCCAUAGUUGGGAACGAUGUGCUGGCCUGUUCUAUAGAGGCCGUUGCAAAUGCAAGCUAUAGAAAUGCUAUUGAAAACUAA